AUGAAAACAAAAAAACCCAAAAGAAAACAAGUGAGCUAUGAUCAACUGACUGCUCUGUUAGAUUUUCUCAAGGAACAUGAAGACUUGGCUAGGGGCCUGACUAGAGGGCGCAGACGGCGGGGAAAGUUCCACACUGUAAAGGUCUGGAACAUGUGCGCUAAGAAACUGAAUGCCAUCAAAAAUGGUGCAUUAAAAGAUGGGAAGGGCUGGUCCAAGUAUUGGUGUGACUGGAAGUACAGAGUGAGGCGUCGAGCGUUGGAGUUGAAAGCUGCCAAGGAUGGAGACCGGCCACUGCCAGAAGGGAUCCUACCAUUGUCACCGAUGGAAGAGAAUAUAAUGGCUCUUAUAGGAGACAACAUUUUUGAUGGUGUGGUCAUCAUGAAUGAUCCAUUGUCUGAAGAGGGUUUUGAUGAACACUAUGCAGUGAAUGCAGAUGGCAGUCCUAUUGAUCAGUAUUAUGACCCAACAGAGCCAUCAGCCAGGCGUAAAAGGCAGAAAACAUCCAAUGACAAUGGCGCUGGACCAAGCAGUCCACCUGAUAGGAAACCAACCAUAGAUCUGGCUGCAAGUGGUGAUAUGAAAGGGUUAGCUACCGGUACUCGAUCGAAACGACGAAGAAAGCACCGCUCACCCGUCACUUCGGACAUGGAUUAUGACGCAUCAGGUAGCAACUCUAGUUGCAAACCAGAAGGUGGAACGAGAAAUGAACAGUGUGUUGAGUCAGAAUGUGACGACAAGGCCUCAGCGUUCCUGUCUAUUGAACGGGAGAAGGUCUUCGGGACAAACAAGAUCAUAACCACACUGGAGAUGAUACACACUGAGAUUGCGCGACUGACGUCUGUCAUGGCGGACAUUAAAGACUGUUUAGUUACCAAUUACCGGCAGAUAAGUGUCACUUGA